AUGCAGAGACGAGCAUGUAUAGAGGCAGAAGUCGAUCCCACCAUGUCUGUGCCGGCAGGCCGGGAGCCCAGGCGAAAGGGUAUUGGUGCAGUCGACUCGCCUGUGCCCAGCUUCCUUGAUUCUGCCUUCGGCAUCUUUCGGAUUGCCCAACCGAGUUUCAUUUGCCCGGUCCAAUCCGUACAAUUACCAUUUGACCUUGCCACGAUAAGGAGAGUCGUCCUGGCGAGUAACCGAGACACCAGUCGAUAA